GCUAGUGAAAUCGCAAUAGCGGCUAGUGCUUCCAUCUUCAAUGAAAACUAUUCAGAAUUGGCAAUGGCGAGGUGUAAACGUCCCACCAUCAAGUCGAAAACAACGAUGCCAAAAUUAGAAAUGUUUGCCCUCACUUUGUCAAUGCGAUUGGUGGCUAAUUCGAUGACACAAGCACUAGAGGAACGCAUCGCGGGCUAUCCAUGGACUAUUCACGUAUUCUCGGACUCCCAAAUCGCGUUGAGCUGGUUAACAUCCCCAACCACUGCUAGCCUCGGAGUUUUGGUUGCCAACAGGGUUCGAGAAGUUCGGCGAAUCGUCACACAAUUGAACAACGAUUCGAUUACAGUCAUUUCCAGAUAUGUGAAUACGUCACGAGACCCUGCAGGAACAAGAGGACUCUCAAGAGAACAAAUGCACGAUCGCUAUUUGUGGGAAAGACCAGAGUUUUUGAAGAAACCAAUAGAGGAAUGGCAGCACCCAAUCUACCAGCUCUGGGAAGACGUAAUCGGUGUCGACUCCUGGGCUUUGACCAACGAAGCUCAUGGACCGUACCGUAGAGGCACUGAACAUACGAUAGCUAGAGUAAGAGAGCGCUACUGGAUUUCAAAAUUGAGACAACAAGUCCGCGAGCACGUCAGUCACUGCAUCAAGUGUCGACGUUUCAACGCUUUGCCAUAUCAAUAUCUAGACUUCACAGAAUUACCGGAACGACGAGUGCUGAAAAGCAAUCCCUUCCAACACACUGAACUCGAUUUUUUUGACCUACCACAGUGCGAGAAGAAUGAACGUGGGAUAAAGCUGUACGGCUGCAUCUUCACCUGCACCGUUACCCGCCUCAUACACCUUGGAAUCGUCCGAAGCCUGGCAAUCGAAGAAUUCUUGAACGCGUUGCGACGCUUCGUAGCAUGUCGAGGCAUACCGAAGACUAUCACAUGCGAUAACGCUACGACUUUCCUGCUUGCCGCAAAAAUCAUAAAAGAGCGGAACAGUGGAUUAACCGAACACGCCGCUCAAAUCGUUUCAAACCAAGAAAUACAGUGGAGGCAUAUAACACCCUACGCACCAUGGCAGGGAGGAUUUUACGAACGUCUGAUCAAAUCAGUAAAACAAGCAAUUAACAAGGCUUGGAGGAACUCGGAAACCUACUCCCUUGUCUAUAUUCACACAUUUCCAAUUGAAGUGGAAGCCUGUCUUAAUUCCAGACCCCUCACGUAUCAAAGCGCCGAACAAGAAGAAUUUACAACGCUGCGCCCGAUCGAUUUUCUUCAACGUGAUCUGAACCUCAGCAUCACAUUAGGUAACACUGAAUCGGAAACACAAGACCCGGACUAUCUUCCUCCGGACAGCCUUCAUGGGAUCCAAACUCGACAACAAGCACUGGAGGCCCUCAAUUCGUCACGCCGAAGAAUCGAACGCUUCUGGAAGAUUUGGCAACAGCAAUACUUGAUAUCUCUUCGAGAAUCCCAUAAGAAAAACCCCACAAAUCAACGUCAUGGCGGCAUCACGCCAUCACUAGGAGAUGUAGUGUUAACCGUGGAACAACUCCAACAACAACUCCAAGAAACUAAAGAUCAGCUGCAGAGACUGCGCGAGGCCAUUCCGCUUCCAUCACCACACGAAGUGUAUGCGAGUAUCAUCAACGAAUAUUUGGAAGUCGACCGAUGCGCCAAAAAAGUCGCCUCCAUAUCCAGACACAUCCAAAUUAUAAGCCGGUCGCAAACGUCGCUGGAAUGCAAAGCACGUCGCAUUUCCAUCAUUUUACUCAAGAUCGAAAACCUUCGCAUGCGCCUGGCUGCCACCAAACUUCACUUGACCACAUUAGUGGCCUUACCUCCACUCCUCUUCGCCACUGGAGCGAUCGCAAAGCCACUUUGGGACGAAUGGAUGGCUCGACCAUUUUGCAACGAUGAGAGGAACCUCCUGUCAACCGACCCCGAUAGGGUCAAAAUGGGAGCAAAAGAGCUAAUGGCAACUCUCGAUAGCCACAAGGCCAAUUUAUCAGAUCUCGCGAAUCACUUCAGUUGGAACAAUUAA